AAAUCAUACCAGCGAGCGAUAGUGCGGCGGCCGCGAAUUAACAGUCGGCCGGAGAACACGAUAUACCGUCGAUAACGAACAGUCGGUCGGGACGCGCAUGUGACCAUAACAGAAAAUAUCGCGCUGUUGGUUUUUAUUUCUUCGUCGUUACACGAUCGUUUCGUCGGUCUUAAGUCGCUCCGUAUUGUGACAACGGAUUUGUAGCUUGCGUAGUCAUACACAGACGCACGAUGCGAUGUACAUAAUUAUAUCAUACUUAACCAUUGACGUACCUAAUGCAAUCACACUUUAAUAAAGGUUAGUGUAUAGUCCGGUAAAUCUCACGACGACCGUUGUCGCAUAUUAUACUAGUGCCGCUGGCCGCCACUGACCAUAUACACCGCACUGGAGCUGGAAGCAGCCACCGAGGGGACGUCAUCGUUACCAAGCCAGACGCCUACGUAUAAGUAUUACAGUCGAGGCGCACCGGUUAUACAAGCCAUGAAAUGGAAGAAUACAAGAUUACACGCAAUUACGCGAAUACGGGAUAAACGAUUGGAUAUAAAAAAAAUAAUAAUAAACACUAAAAGUGAAGUCUAUACCAAUCGGAUCUUCAACAGAAAACCGAGUGCAAUGAACGAGAUACUCAGAUACAUAAUUAAUCAUGAUGCAUAUUUCCAAGAUAGAUCAGCGGCGGACGCUUUGUUGAUCGGAUGGAGGACGAGUGCGGUGACGGUGCUGGCUGAAGAAGAACGAACGGCGAAAGUUAUCGUCGCCGUCGUCACGCGUGCUGCAGUGCAGCGUGCGCGGACAUCAACGACACGAGUUGUGAUGAAGCUUCGUUCACAGCCUUUGCCGGCGUUAACGACGGCAUUCUUAAUCGCGAUCUUGUUGGAUGCUGUUUUUGCCACCGUUUCCAUCACACGGCAUCAUCGUGGAGACGUAUUCGACGUGUCAGACGUGAAAUGUUCGAUGGAAACUUGUGUUGGAGUGAGUAGCGGUACGGCGUCGUUGGUCGACGGCAUCGUAUCGGUAGAACGCGAUUACCCGUCAUCGGUCGGCAGUAGAGGCUACAAACAAUCGACCGGAACGUUUGCAGAAUCGUCGAACAACGGUAAUUGUAGGUGUCAAUGCAUACAACCCGUGCCUGUGUUCAGGGACGACUUACGGAUAUGCGUCGACGACCUGCAAGAAUGUUCGUUAGCUUCAUUCGUGUCUGGCACAACGGUACAAAAGAUACCUUAUGUAUUUUUACCACUACAAGGACAAAUAGUAUACCCCAGUGCUGAAAUUAAAAUUGCUGGUAUGCAGUAUCCUAUUUGUGCUAUUUCAAAAGCGACAUACCUAACACGGGGAGGUUGGAUAAAUUUUAAAAACCAAUCAGAUUUCGAAAUUCCUUUCCAAAUACACCGCGAAAAUGGACACAUCAUGUUAUUAUGGUUAGGCGAUUUACAAUCAAGGACCAACAUCGAAGGGAGGCUAGUAUUAAUCGAAAUGAUUUGUAAAGAGACGUUAUCACAAGAUUAUGAUAGCAGUUUCCAUCAAGCUAUAACACCUUGUCUUUCGUUUAGAAUAGCAGGAACUCCGAGUGUAAAGGAAGUUUUAUUUUCAACUGACAAUCGAUCAUCGGAUAUUGCUUCUAGUUCAGGAUUAACAAUAAGCGAACUAAUAGCUGUAGCAAUUUGUUCUAUUUUAUUAGGACUAAUGUACGUAGCGUCUAUUUUAUUGUACUUGCAUGUCCGUAAAGGGCGACCUAAGGGACGAAAUGGAGACAUAGAGGCGUUUAAAAAUCCAUUAAUGUCAAAUGGUAUUACUGAAGAGGGUAUAGUAAAAAACAACCCUCUACUACAACACAGUUACAAUGAUAACGAGGCUUUUGAGUCAGAUGAAGACAGAAAUUAUACUAUAAGUACGCAAGGAGAACCUUCUAUGGAUAUGAUAGAGAAUAAUAAUAUUAAUAGAAAUUUAACAACAGCUAUUGUACACCCUAUUCAGUCGUUUAACUCCUGUAUCGGCCAUUCAAUGUAUUAUUCAGAUUCCAAUUCUAUAGAAAAACAUCCAGAAGAGGACAUUUCAAUAGUAGAAACACUAGAUAACAAAGAAGAUCGACCAGAUAAUAUUAGAUCAAUAGUGUGUGCUAAUCCAAGGAAAAAACUUUAUUUCAAUCCUGACUAUUUUGAACUUGAAUUAUUAAUGGCUCCUCCACCGGCAGCGUUAGAAUUUUUAGAAAAGAUUCGUGAAGUGAUACACGAAGCAAAAAGAAAAAUAACAAUGAAAAAAUUCACACCAAAUCUCGUUAUGAUUCUAGAAGAUGCAAAAGAAGACACAAAUGAAUCAUUAAGUUCUUGCAAUAAAUGCAAAACUCAAUUUAAAAUUAAAUCAGACACAAUACAAAAAUGGUUGAUGAAUGUACCUAUAGAAGUUACCAAGCCAAAGAAAAACCAAGCUCCUUGUAUUCCCAUAGAGUUCAAAACAAAAGAUGACGAAAAGGAUAGGAUUGACUUGAUAUUAGAGGAAAGUGAAAUAAAAUCAAAAACUGACAAAGUAGAAAAAGAAGAAAAAGAAAAAGUAUUAGAAGAUGACGAAGAAGAAGACGUUGAUGACGAUGAUGACGAGGAAGAGGGCAUUAAUAUAGAGUGCGAUAGUUUGGAAAGAUCAAUGAAUUACAAACGGAAAUGUGGAUAUCAUACACCAUCCGAAUACGGAUUUGUUAGACCAAACCUGAGUCCAGUUUUAAGUAAUUCUGCAUUACCAAUGGAAGAAGAACUUACAAUCAAAACUACAUAUACUUAUGAUACUAUCACGAAAAAAGAAAGCUAUUAUGAACAUAUAUCUGGUCCGGACUGUAUACGAGAAAAACCCAAAAAAGAAAUCUUACCUGAUAUACUAAAUAGGUCAUCCGAACGUUAUAGUUUAGUAAGCGAAGUAUAUGUAAACGAUAAUUUUAAAACUAGCAUGUCACCUAAUAAUUCACUAGAUAAAAAGAUUAAAAAAAAUGGUCCAGGUCAAAUAACUAUUGAAGUUGAAGAUUGUCCCGACAAUCAUCCAUCAGAUGAUUCAGACAGUUUUGAACCAGAUACGUUAGAUAGAAACUGUACCAAAAUAAAACCAAAUUUGAAAACAGUAUACUCUUCAGAUUCAUUAGAGCAAUUCAAUAGUCCCAAAAUCAUAAACAAUAAUGGAUUUGGUAGUUUAUUAGAGAUAUACGAAGCCAAAAAUGUUAUGGCUGAUGUACAAAAGAGAAGAAAUAUGAACCAACUCGACUCUAAAUAUUUAAAACCAGAUCCAAAACAUUGUCGAAGGCAAAGGUGCCCAUCGCCUUUAUCUAUACAAAAACCUCCAAAAAACGUUUGUGUCAGAAGCACUAGCAAACCCGGAGUCAUGCAAUCUGAUUGCUCUAGCUCAAAAUUUAACCGGCGAACCCACGAUAUCAUGGCUGGUGCUUCUGACAAACAAGCAGUCAAAAGUUCGCCAAUUGAUCAUAACAGAUAUGAAGACUCCGGGUAUCUUAGUACUGAAUCUAACGAAUCUCUCAACAAAGUGGUGGCUACUAGUCUAGAUACAGAUGAAUCUGGAGCAGAAAGCAUAGACACAGAUUUCAAAUUUUUUAAAACACGUACAGACCGUAAUUACUGUGAUUGGUAAUCAAUAAUCAUAAUUUAUUUAAAGACAUAGUUUUUUAAAAUUUUUAUCUAUUUAUUUUAAUUUAUUCUUAGUUAAUAUAACCACAGAAUAGAUUAAUCUAUUCUGUGAUAUAACUACCAAAAAUUAGAUUUAAUUGUAAAAUAUGAAAUUCGGAAAAUUCAUAGAACACUAUGUUCAAAACACUUUCUUUAUAUUAAUAAUUCAUAAUUGAUCAAAAAUCAAUAUCAAUAUCACUAUUAGUUAAAUGUAACUUUAUUAAAUUGCUAAAAAUAAAUUUUUGAAAACAAACCAUCUGAUUAAGAUAUUUUUCUUUUAAAC